CAAGCGCACAUUCAUUAUUAAUCUCCAAAUUGCUGGAAGGUGAAGUUCAGAAACGAUUAUAUCUUGCUGUUGAGGGCUGCACUCCAAUGCUUGUCCAGGUGCCACUAUGUGUAUCUCGGGGAAUUGAGACUGAGACUGACAAGAUUACCACCAGCACAAAUUUGGGCGGAGAAGAUUAGACUAAUGUGAAGUUGUGAUGUUUAGAUCUCAAUGUUGGAUUUGUGGAGAAAACUGAAUCGGAUGUUGAUCUUUUUCGGCCUAAAACACGCCAAAAUACCCGAUCGGCUGCAUUUCCAGCAUUACAUUUUUGACAACGCGAAUGCUAGCUGUUUGGGUCCAAUCUUUACAGCCAAACUACUAAAACUUAUGCAAUGAUUAGAAGGCAGAUUGCUUCGAUGAGUAUGGAGACGACAUAGCCUUUGUACAUGCCUAUUAGUUUUUGGAAGGCAGCUUUUUUUUCAAACCUUAAAGCCGAAGGGUUUAUUAGAAAACUCCUGUUUCAUUCAUCUUGAUCGAUAUCAAAUCGCGAUCUGCUGACCUACAGAACAGAUGUGAUCGGACUACUCACAUACUAAAAGUCGAGCUCACAUGUAUACUUUUUUUCUAUUCUACCAUUAAAAGAAAUAUUGAGUUAGAAAAAUGCAGUGGGAUUAUCAAGAUUUAAGAAUCUAUGAGAACAAUUUCUUUCUCGAGAUGAUACAUUACUAUGCUCGAUUUAAAUGCGAUUUGUUGUAAUCGAUAAGUCUAGCCCAUCUAUAUACUUACCAUGUAAAACAAAAAUCUUCAGCGGCAUUAUAGAUCGCUUGUUAAAAUUCAGUUAUUUUCAUGAGAAUUCGAGUGCUCGUCUGAAUCGCAUUCAAAAAAGCGUCUCCUGGCAAUUUGGCACAAUGCUCAGACUAGUAAAAAGAAUUCUGGCACCAGGUAUCGAUCGUUGGAAGGGAUUGAUGAACUACUUCAACUGCGAAAGCAAUAGUGCUGUGCUGACCACAGAGCAGGUAUGGAACUGAGCAAACUUGUCGAUUUCUUCGAAUCCUGACACCAACGCAUUCUCUCAGUGACCACACACAAUCUUAUAUCUUAUAUCGAAGAG